AUGGCCAGCUUCGAUCUGUCAAAUGCACCGCGUGCAGCUGUCACUGUCAUAAUCAGCACCGAGACGGCGGCCACGGCAAGUUCACCCACAGCUCUUGGCCAACGAGCCGCUGCCAUCACUGCCGGAGGGGGUUUUCACGCGGGGUGCUGGGAGGAUCUUCAGGGAGGCCAAUUGUCAACACGGGUGAACAUUUGGCCUUUCAACGCCCGCGAGUGCGGCAUCUGCGGUACUACGCCACCAUCAAACACGGUACCUCAUUUUCCUCGACGAGUUUGGCCGGCGUGCAGCCUACUUGGAUGUGGCCAGGUUGACGGUGUCGAGUUGAUCUGUCACUUUGAUACUGGUGAACUUUGUCUCGGGUCCGGAUGUCUGCGUCAGCCGGUUUGCAUGGGAUGGAUAGGCCCUACGCAGAUCAUCAAGCUAGUGUCGGCUCCAAGCAUGCAUGCCACCGCCUGCGACGUGCCGAGCAACCAUUGCGAAGCUGUCGCGUGGUCAACUGCGCCAGAUUACCUCGCUAUCCGCGACGGCUCUUUGCAACAUGGCCAAGUCAAUGCGGGUCUUGACUACAAUUGA